AUGGAGUCUUCUACAUGUAAUAUCGACAAAGGUAGUGAUCGUGCAGAGCUACUAAAAAUGGCAAAGUUGAUAAUUUGGGAUGAAGCUUCAAUGACACACAGAUUUUGUUUUGAAGCGUUUGAUAAAACCCUUAAAGACAUAAUGGGGCGUUCCAAUUGUUCUGACAAAUUAUUCGGAGGGAAAGUAAUUGUAUUUGGUGGAGAUUUUCGGAAAAUAUUACCAGUUGUACCAAGGGGAAGCCGUUCAGAUAUAAUACAUUCUACAAUAAAUUCAUCAUACAUCUGGGAUCAUUCUGUUGUGCUGAAGCUUACAAAGAACAUGCGACUCCAACAAGCCGGCAAUACUUCAAGUACAUCUGAAUUAGAAUUGUUUUCUAAUUGGAUAUUAAAAGUUGGCGAUGGGAAAUUGGAAGAACCUAACGAUGGUUACACGGAUAUUCCUAUUCCAAAUGAUUUCUUAAUUUCUAACUAUGAUGAUCCACUAGAAGCCAUUGUUAGUGAAACAUAUCCGAAUUUUCUUAACAAUUACAAGAAUCCAGAAUUUUUGCAAUCAAGAGCUAUAUUGGCAGGAACAAUUGAAACGGUUGACAUCAUAAAUCAAUACGUUUUGAGAUUCAUACCAUGUGAAGAAAAGGAAUAUUUAAGUUCAGAUUCUGUAGACACUUUUGACGGUGAAGGAAAUGAAGCUUUUGAUGUUUUGACCCCGGAAUUUUUGAAUACACUUACAACUUCCGGUCUACCUAACCACAAGAUUAAAUUGAAGAUUGGGACCCCUAUUAUGUUGCUUCGAAACAUUGAUCAACCUGAAGGUCUCUGCAAUGGAACAAGGCUUAUAGUUACAAGAUUGGCAAACCACGUUAUCGAGGCAAAGAUUAUAUCUGGAAAGAAUAUUGGAGGGGUUAUCUAUAUUCCAAGAAUGGAUAUGACUCCAACACAAUCUCCGUGGCCAUUCAAAAUGACUAGAAGGCAAUUUCCCAUAACUAUAUGUUAUGCUAUGACAAUUAACAAAUCUCAAGGUCAGUCAUUGGAUUAUGUUGGAUUGUAUUUGCCUAGAAGUGUAUUUAGUCAUGGUCAACUAUAUGUUGCAAUAUCAAGGUAUGAAACCCUAGCUGCGAAGAAGAAGACUUGGAGCGACGAAGACGACAAUAAUUGGAGCAACGAAGAAGAAGAUACUUAUCUACUUUCAUCAUUGUUCAUUUUCAUUCUAAGGUGGUUUAAAGGAUUUAGGGUACCAAAAGUGAAGAGUUUGUGGUAUCAUGAUGCAAUGGAUAUUAAUGAGCUAGUUUUGUUGAAAGAUGAUGCAUGCAUAAAUAAAAUGAAAUUGAUAGCACUAAUUAAUGGGAAUGUGCAUUUAUAUGUCAUGCAUCCAAUUUAUGGGGAAGAGCCAAUACCAUCUCUAGAAAAUAAUGUAGGACCCAAUGAUGUAGAAGAAGACAAUUUAGAAGAUUUGAAUAAUGGUGUGAAAAGUAAUUUUGAAGAUUUGGGUACUUUGAAGAGUUUAGAAGAUGACACAUUGGAUGAUUUGAAUAAUGAUGUAAAAGGAACUUUUGAUGAUUUGGGUCCUUUUGAAGAAUUGAAUAAUCUAGGUGACAAGUUUGAUGAAGGGUAG